CAAACGUCAGGCUCAUUCCCCGCCCUCUUUCCGUAUCAACGCACAGCAGUUACACAGGGAGGGGACUAUGGGACUCUUUUUGCAAAUUGCUAGAGUUUGACACCCCAUUCGUCAAACGCUCACAGCUGACCCACUGGCAAAAGCACUGGAGGAGAAGUAACGUAGGACGGAGUAGUAGGAUGCUCUCACAAAAUUGGAGGACGGCUACAGGAGCUCAGAGAGACAUGGAGUUCAGGGAUCUAACGGCCAGGGCCGGACUCUGGUAUGAAAACUUCAUGAAGAAUGCAGACCCCAGGACAGAGGACUGGUUUCUCAUGUCAUCGCCGCUCCCCCAAACCAUAAUAAUCGUGGCGUACAUCUACUUUGUCACCCGGCUGGGGCCCAGACUCAUGGAGAACCGCAAGGCUUUCCAACUCAAAGAAAUUCUCAUUUUCUACAACUUCAGCGUGGUCGCCUUGUCCCUCUACAUGUGCUAUGAGUAUGUGAUGUCGGGCUGGGGGACGGGCUACACGUUCCACUGCGACCUAGUGGACUACUCGGACUCGCCGCAGGCAUUGAGGAUGGCUGGGACCUGUUGGCUCUACUACUUCUCAAAGUUCAUAGAGAUGUUGGACACAAUCUUCUUUGUUCUGAGGAAGAAGAACAGUCAGGUUACGUUCCUCCAUGUCUAUCAUCACUCUAUCAUGCCCUUUACCUGGUGGUUUGGGGUCCGGUUCGCUCCAGGUGGCCAGGGGACAUUCCAUGCCCUGUUGAACUGUGUGGUCCAUGUCAUCAUGUACUCCUACUACGGCCUGUCUGCCCUGGGCCCCGCCUACCAGAAGUACCUCUGGUGGAAGAAGUACCUCACCACCAUUCAGCUGAUCCAGUUUGUGAUCGUUACCACCCACAUCUGGCAGUACUUCUUCAUGAAGGACUGUCCCUACCAGUUCCCCAUCUUCAUCUACAUCAUUGGCCUCUAUGGCCUGGUCUUCCUCCUCCUCUUCCUCAACUUCUGGUACCACGCCUACACCAAGGGCAAGAGGCUUCCCAAGGUACUUCAGGCCAAAACCUGGGCCCACCCCUACAACAAAACCAACGGCGAAAUAACCAAUGGGAAUGGUUUCCACUGUGACAAGGAUAAGUGACAGGAGAUCAGUCAAUCAGGCUCAGGAUCAAGGGUCAAUCUCAUUUGAAUAUGAGCCUAUUCAUGAACUGAAAUUAGACAUGGAAUUUAGAAUUUAGAGUACUGGGGUGUAUUCACUAGGAACCAAACGGAUAGGUACCUACGUAAAUUUGUCUACUAGAAACGGUCUUUUUCCAUUUGGCGUAAACGGUUUCCAUUGCAACAUUUUUUGGACUAUUGAUUUCAUCCCAGGUUAGGUAUGCAGGAGUUUUGUUUUCCAGUAUAAAAGUCAGUGCACUAUUGAACUCAAAGAGAAUUGACCCCUCACCUUUGGACCUUCUGAUAUUUUAUUUUAUUUUCUCUCUGCUACAGCAAUCUCAGAGUUAUGAACCAAAGCUCUACUGGACUUUUUGUAUUAGAUAUUUUAAACUUUUAUACCUGUGCUUUUCUUUCCUGUUCAGGGUGAAAGCACAAGUUGAGUGUUUUCUUAUUAUUUUUUUAUAAACAGAUAGUUGAUGUUAGACAUGUGUUAGGUUAGUCAAUGUUGGGGCAGUUCAGUAGCUUUGUCCCACCAGCCCAAAUUACCUUUGCCGUUUAGAGUUGGUGCUGAACCUCUCUAGCUUAGGCUGUAGAAUUCAGCUUUAUAAUGUGACCUUGAUUUCAGCUGGUUUCUAUAUUUCAAUACCUGUACUUUAAAAAAUAAUGUUAAUACAUUUUCUAUGCAUUUAAUUGUAAACAAUUUGUAUAUUCUGCUACUGAAAGCAGGAUUUGAUCUGUCUUGAGUACGUGAGCCAUCCUCCAUAGUUGAGGCCUGAUGUAUUUCCUGGGUCUGGUCACAUGGCUGGGAAAAACUCUGGGCCCUACCCAUAGUAUACCUGUAAUGGUGGAAGGAUUCAGGAUAACAAUUUUGCCAGUAAGAACCGAUGUUUACAUGUAUACUGAGUGGAGUGUAUUGGUGUUGACCCCCCCCCCCCCCACACCUUUUCAUCAAUGCUGCACCCAUUUCUCUCUGGUUUGAGUCACAGCCUCUACUGGUGCUGAGAAACUUUGGAAGCCAACCUGCUCCUACUGUUAAGGAGCUGUAGGCCGACUUGAAUCUCAUUGAAAUCUGUCUGUAUUAUGUCCAACAGAAGUGACGGUGUGACAUUUGAAGCCAGAGAGAAAAGUGUAGCAACUGUUCUUGCAGGAACCGGAGCAGAGUGCACAUUUCACUUUAGCUCUGUCGCAAGCAAAGAACGACACAUUAAAAAAAAAAAAUGAUUAAAAAAAACUGUAGCCAUUGUUUACCACUGCAUGCAUAUUAGUUGUAUAUCCACUCUUCCAAAUUGAGUUCAGUGCUUAUGCCAUGCGUAUGACAGUUAGUAUGCUUUCUCACUGGGUGUGUUCACAUUUUGGUUUUCGCCUCCGAGCUCUGCUCAACUGGUGAUUGAGGACACAGCAUUAGCUAAGUGUAGGAUGGGCCUCCACAGGUGUAGUAAAACCCCAGUGCCUGGGGUGUAGGCUGAGUCCAAUAAGCAACAGCGAUCUAGCUGAUUUGAAAUGUAUUUGCUGAUGUUAGCUCUAGUGUGAGCGUGUUAUCCACCACGGGUUACUGUUCAGUGCCUUUGUCUAAGCCCCUCCGGCCGUGAUGCCACUAAUUCUGUAUAAAAACUCAUGUGUAAAGUCAUUAUUUUUGUAUUUAUAUAAAAAUAAAUGCUGUUUUAUACAUCA